GCUAAGAAGGAAGCUACUCCUGUUUCUAUCCCAAACUUAGAAAGCAGCUAAAUUCCCAAGCCGCUUACCCAGCUUGCUUCUAGGGUUUUUCAGCAGGAACCAAGAUUAGGGAAGAGACAGAGUAACAUGGACCAUGGCCUUCGUCCCAGACAGAGGGAGUUUUUUAUUGGCUUCACUAGGGGCGAGAUGGAGAGAAUGGACAAACUGGUGAGGCAAUCAGGAGAAGAAGUGCUGGCCAAAGAGUUUUGUCAAAGUUUGACAAAGAGUUUCAAUCGCUCCGCUGGUCGUGCUGGAAAGCCAAUUGUGAAAUGGAUUCAGGUGCAAAAUUGGUUCAAGGAAAGGAUACAAGAGUUACCAAACAUAAUAAAAGAUCUCCAGGGAGUGUGCCCUUCCACUGAGGCACCUAAAUGCAAAGACAAACCUAAAGCCAAUUCCAAAGCAGAAGAAAAGAUCCCAGAGUCAGAGUUGGAAUUUGAAGCUAGGUCAUCAAAGGAUGGGGCAUGGUAUGAUGUUGACAUGUUCCUGUGUCACCGAGUUUCUAGUGGGGGAGAAACUGAAGUUCGUGUUAGAUUUGUUGGAUUUGGAGCUGAAGAGGAUGAGUGGGUUAAUGUCAAGAAAGCAGUGCGAGAGCGGUCUGUUCCCCUAGAGAAUUCAGAAUGUAGUUCGUUGAAAGUUGGAGAUCAUGUCCUUUGCUUACUGGAGAAGAAAGAUCAAGUGAUCUACUAUGAUGCUCAUAUUAUAGAUAUCCAUCGAAGAAUGCAUGAUAUAAGGGGGUGUAGAUGUCUUUUUUUCAUUCGAUAUAAUCAUGACAACAGUGAGGAAAAAGUUCGGUUAAGGAGACUCUGUCGUAGGCCAAUAUGAUAAAUGAUGGGCAAUGCCAAAAUUCUUCACCAACUGGUAGAUUAAUUUGGUCAGUUCUUUUUGCAUGGGAAAAGAGGUUUGUGAGUCCUAGAUCAUGGCAUCACGUUGAUCAAGAAUUCAUGGUAGCUGUUGCUGCGUGUUGUAAUGUAGUUAUUUUCUUUUGUAUCAGAAUAAUGGUUGAUUGAUGAAAAUGAAAAUUAACCAAAAAGAAAAAAAGAAGUGAUGUUACUUCUUGAUCACUAUGUGCAUAUCCAUUUAGAGUUGCCAUGAAAGCUGUUGAGGUGGUUUAUCUUGUCAUGUGCUACAUUAAGCGUCUUUGAAUUCUUAAUUUUACAUGAAAUAUAAUAAGCUACUUGAUAUCA